AUGGCCGAUUCGAAAAAGACGGCAAUUGCUUUGAAUUCAAAUAAUAUCAAAGCACUAAUAAAUGAAGGUCAUGGGGUCAAGGGCCUGUCUGAAAUGGACCUUGAAAUUCUGCCACAGGAAUUCAUUCAACCACUUGAAGAACGGUUCAAUGUUGACAAUACUUUGGAAGAAUACGUACCCGUGAUCGAUAUAUCAAAUUGGAGUGACCCUAACAUUGAGAAUAUGGUGUGUGAUGCAGCGGAGGAAUGGGGAUUGAUCCGACUUGUUAAUCAUGGGAUUUCUACUGAGGUACUUUCAAAUUUAAGGAAUGCAGCUCGUGAAUUCUUUGAAUGGCCACCAACUGAGAAAUUGAAAUAUACCAUAAACAACUCUCCAAGCAAAAAUGUUUCUCUUCGAACAAGCUUUCUCCCAGAAAUUGAGAAGAUUCAUGAGUGGCAUGACAAACUUACAUUUACAUAUGUUUCUGAUGAAGAGGCCUUGGGGCUUUGGCCUCCAAUUUGCAG